AUGGAGAUAGAGAAGAUGGCGGUGUGCGAUGGUAGUGUGGGGGCAAGGUGUUGUGCUGGUUUUAAUAGGAAUUCAGUUCUACCGUUAUGUGCUUUAAUUAUAUCCACUAGAAAAUUUGAAUCUGGAUAUUUUAAAAGAAAACUGCAUAAGAAGGUUGAACAAUUGAUUAAAUCUCAAGAGGGAGCCCUUGAUAAAUUUUUUAACGGUAGUAAACAAAAGCAUAAUGACGAUGUAGUUCUCGAAGAAGAGUUUAAUAAGAAUGAUAUCGACGAUAAUACAAUUGAAAAACAUCAUUGUCUGGUGAAUGAAGAGAUAUCUAUCGAAGAUGAUGUUAUGGAUGAAAGAAACAUCAAUGAAAAGAUUAGUGAACCAUUCUCCUUUGAUAUUAGUGAUUCAGCGAAUUGGGAAAAUAUGAAUCAGAAUUUAAGAGAUUUAAUCGUAAUGAAAGGUCCAAUAAGAGAUAAUGAUGUAAUUUUUCCAAAAGAUGUAGCUAAUCGACACUUCUCAUCUGUUCAUUACACUCGACGGUUACCCAAUGGAGAGAAUCAUGAUAGAAAAUGGUUGAUAUAUUCAAAAAGUUUGGAUAAAAUAUUUUGUUUUUGUUGUAAGCUAUUCAAGAAUGAUGGGGUUCAAACUCAAUUGGCACAUGAUGGUGCAAAUAAUUGGAAAAAUAUUGGUGAAAAACUAAGAAAACAUGAAGUGAGUUAUGACCAUAUCACUAACUUGAGUAGAUGGAUCGAAAUGGAAAUAAGAUUUCAAAAAGAACAAACAAUUGAUAAAAGUGUGCAGGAACAAAUCAAUAAGGAUAGAGAACAUUGGAGACAAGUAUUGUUGAGAAUAAUAUCCGUGAUUAGAACUCUUGCAGAAAAUAAUUUGGCGUUUCGUGGAGAUAAUGAAAAUAUAUACCAAGAAAAUAAUGGUAUCUUCUUAAGCUUAAUUCAAAUGAUUGCUGAGUUUGAUCCUAUAAUGCAAGAGCAUAUUCGUCGAAUUCAAAAUAAAGAAAUUCAUUAUCAUUAUCUUGGACACAAAAUUCAGAAUGAGUUGAUACUUAUGCUAGCGGGUGAGAUUAAGAAAAUAAUCAUCGAGAAACUCGAAUCCAAGUACUUUUCUGUGAUACUUGAUUGCACUCCAGAUUUGAUAGAUCAAGCUCUGUCAUCGCUUCAAAAUAGAUUUGAACAAUUUCAGGAAUAUGACGAUAUUUUUGAAUUUUUAUUUGAUUUGGAAAAGCUUAAAUCCAUUGAUGAUACUACAUUGAAGUGCCGUUGCAUUAAUCUUGAAAAUUAUUUGAAGUAUAACACAGUAUCUGAUAUCGAUGGAAUGGAAUUAUUUUCUGAGUUGAAAGUUUUAAGGGAAGUAAUAUCUACAGAAAUGAAUGGAGCAGCUGAUGUGUUAAAUUACAUUAAGAGAAUGAAUUGUUGUUUUGCAAAUGCUUUGGUUGCUUACAGGAUAUUAUUGACUAUCCCAGUCACUGUUGCGUCCGCUGAAAGAAGUUUUUCAAAGUUAAAAUUGAUUAAGUCUUAUCUUCGAUCAACUAUGUCACAAGAGAGGUUGAAUGGAUUAUCUAUGAUUUCUAUUAAAAAAAAUAAAAAUAAAGUAUGGGGCCUCAAGAUUGUCGGCUCACUUAGGGCCUCCGAAUUGUCAGGGCCGGCUCUGCAUCCAUGA